AUGUGGAUGGAUAUAACUUUCCUCAGUGCCAGUUCAGUGUAUACCUCUCCAACAAGAGGAGCAUCAGUGUUAGUGCUUUGCAGGGAAGGAGAGUGCUUGCUCUUUGACUAUGGAGAGGGAACUCAAACACAAUUCAUGAAGAGCCAUCUCAAAGCAGGUUUAAUUACCAAGAUUUUCAUAACUUGUCUUCAUGGCAACCACUUUUUGGAUUUUCCUGGCCUGCUGCGUACACUUAACCUCCAAAGUAACCCUGACCCAAACAAACCACCUGUUGAAAUUUAUAGACCAUUAGGACAGUGAAACUUCAUAUGGAGGAGCAUGGAACUCUCCCACUCACAACUUUUUCCCUACACUGUCCAUGAACUGGUAACUACACAGAACCAAUGCCCUGCAGAAGAAUUUAGACUUUUCUUGGACAGAGAUGAAGUACCUCCACAGGGACAAGACAGAAUACUCUGCCUGGAUCCAUGAUCUGGCCAGGAGUUGGACUUGAUGAUCCUGAUGGGUCCCUUCCGACUCAGCAUAUUCUAUGAUUCUAUGAUAGUGAUUUUUUUUUUUUUUAAAUCUGACAAUCAUCAUAAUACUUAUGGGCUCUUUUCCCUUUAUUUACCAGGAGUUCAACCAGGUCCUUUAUAUGGCAAACUGAAGAAUGAAACUGCAAGUGUGCUAGAAAAUGGAGUAACAAUUUCUCCUUCUGACAUCUUAGAAGACCUUAUUCCUGGAAAAAAUUGCAUUUUUGGGGAUUGUUCAGGGGUGGUUGGAGAUGUGGCCAUGAAGCUUUGCAGUGAAGCAGGUGUACUGAUACAUGAAGCUGCAUUGGAUGAUACCCAAGAGGAAAAGGUCAGAGAGCAUGGUCAUAGCACUCAAAAAAUGGCAUUGGAUUUUGCAAAAUUGUGCAAGAAACUGGUUUUGACUCACCUCAGUCAGCGGUAUAAACCAGCUGCUCAAAGAGGUGAGGGAGAUAUGGACAUCAUCGAACUGAAGAGAUAGACAGAGUUUGUGUUAGAUGAUCAAGAAGUAACACUAGCUGAAGAUUUUAUGACAAUAAAUAUUCCAAUGAAAAAGUGA